UGUUCACCGUCACCUCCUAACCCCCUUUUCCUUCUAUCUGUCUGCCUAUAUCAAACUUCACUCCUCCUGCUGCUACCUAGGGACUUCUAAUGGGGUGUUUUCUUGCCUGUUCGGUUUUUCUAAGAAGAGAAAGCGGCGAAACCCCGCUACAAAAGCCCCCUCUGGUGACCAUAGACGUGUGAGUUAUGUACCAUUGGAUUCAUCUGUCAGAAUUAUUGGUGUUGAUGGUGGAGGAGAGAGUCUCAAAUCUGAACUAUACAGAGAUAAGGCCAAGGAGCAGAAGAGGUUGAAAACCCGAAAGAAAGUUAGCUUCAAUCUGAAUGUCCAGACGUAUGAGCCUAUUUCGACCGCUUACCAUUUCUUGGACAGCUAUGAGGAGGAGGAAAUCGGAGAAAAGAAUGUCAAAGAAAUGUCGAAGGGAAGACUUUCCACUUCAGCGUCUGAAAGGGAUUCAACAACACUGAGGGUAGGACUAUUUCCUUCAAGCUACAGGUACCAAAAUGUUCGGGACAGCUAUGAAGAAGAGGAAAGUGAGUUGCAUGACAAUGAUAUCGACGUUGUUUAUGAGGAUGACUACUAUGAUGACGAUGAAGACAGUGAGAUUGAUGAACAACAAAUAAGCCGAGAAGGGUUUUCGGAGGAACUAUGUUCUGCAUCGCGAAAUGGAGAAUCUGAAUAUCCAGAUGCUAGAGAUAAUAUCCGGUAUUUAAUUUCUGUACUGAGUCCAGUAGAGAAUCUCACACAGUGGAAAGCAGCCAAAGCAGCAGCACCAAAGCACCAAAAGGAGAAUACUGCAUUGUUUCAACAACCACGGAUGCCUUAUAGCACCAGAUCAAAUUUUAACCAGCCCACCAAACCUCUCCUGCAAGAAGUCCCAGUUCAUGCCAGUCUUUCGAGUUGGUUAAAUUCGCAAAGUACUAAUUAGUCCGUGGAGACCGAAUUGAAUCUAGAUCAUCAAACAGUUGCUACAACUGGGACAAUCUCAUCCAGCAAAUUAGUACACUGGACAGAUUAAAUUUCAGUCAUGGCCAAAAAGAUAAUUUUGAUACAAAAAGUGUGAAUUUUUGGGGGAUUGGUUGGAUAUGUGUGUGUAUUUGUUUCUGAGUGUCUUGAAUCUCUGGUAAAAGAGGAAGUCUGAUAGAUUUGUGCUUGUAUUGGGGGCCUCGGUUGUUUGUGUAAGAAAUUUACUGUAAUUCUGGUAAAAAAAUUGAUGUGAUUCCAUAUUAAAGAAGAACCGGCUUUGCCUCAAAA